AUGGCGGUACAAGCCGGAGUUGGCUUAUCCAGGAUCUUGCUCUUGGCCGGAGCAGGUUACACUGGUACGAUCAUGAUGAACAACGGCAAAUUAUCCGAUUUGCUGGGUGAAUUGCAGUCUCAGGUGAAGAAAUCUGGAGAUGGAUCUGACGGAGAUUCUGAUAUUUCCGAUGCCGUAGCUGCCCAGGUUCGUCGUUUGGCUAUGGAGGUUCGACAGCUAGCUUCGUCGCGGCAGAUAACAGUCAUGGAUGGAGUUUCUAGUGCAAAUUUACAAGCCAUUGCUGUUCCUGCUGCGGCAUUGGGAGCUUUAGGGUAUGUUUAUAUGUGGUGGAAGGGACUCUCGUUCAGUGACCUUAUGUUCGUGACGAAAGCUAACAUGGCUAGUGCUGUGGCUAACUUGACAAAGAACCUGGAGCAAGUCUCGGUGACUCUUGCGGCUACAAAGAGGCAUUUAACGCAGAAGAUUCAGAAUAUGGAUGAUAAGGUGGAGAAACAGAUUGAUCUCUCCAAGGGAAUCAAGAACGAGGUCGGCUUGGCUCGUGAGGAUAUUAGCUCACUUGAGUUUGAGUUGGAGUCAUUGCAUAAUUUGAUUACUGGACUGGAUGGGAAGUUGGACACGUUGGAAUACAAGCAGGAUGUGACAAAUGUGUGCAUGCUACACUUGUACAACUAUUUUGGAGGCAAGAGCACAAAACUGCCAGAAAUGGAGCAGCUUCAGCUUCCCGUAAACCAGAAAGGUCGUAAUUUGCUUGCAGAUGUUCAAACCAAGGGGCUGAAAAACUUUGCUGAAGAACUACUUGAAAGCAACGGCACAGAUGGAGGAGCAACCACUGUGAAGAUCAUUGGUAUAACUAAGGGUAUUGACAAGUCAAGGCCACUGUUAACAAGGGCUGCUUCAUCUAGGUAUUGA